GGAAUCGACGUUGUUGUUGUUGUUGUUUGACUGUCGAUUUUUGAUUUUUCGUUCGUUUGUUUGGUUUUUUAAGGAGAAAGAAAAAUGGGACGAGCAAAAACAAUACGUUUGGAUGUUAAAUUAAAAUUAUUACACGAUUAUCAUCAUAAUGAUGGUGAUACGGUCGCAAUUUUGGCUGAACGUUAUUCAAUGCAUCCAAAUACAGUAAUGCGUAUUAUUCGAAAUGAAUCAUUGUUGUUGGGGAAAAAAUCUUUAGCCACCACCGACGAAGAAGAACAUCAUGGUAAAAAUAUCAACGAUGAAACCAGCAAUGUUGUUGAUCAACAAACAACAACAUUGGAACGAUCAAAACAACGUAAACGAAGGAAAUUUUCAAAAUCGAAUGAUUCGAAUCAACGUAAGGAUUCGAUUAACGGUGAAUCGAACGCAUCAACGAAUCAAAGUUUGCCAAAGAAAAAUCCAAAUGAUUCCGAGAAUUCAGAGAUCGAUGAAACUGAACGUAUAAUGGCAAUGAAACGUUUUUUCGAUUACAUUGAUCGUAUUGAAGACAUUGUUCUUCGAUAUGAUUAUGAUUAUAAUCGUGCAUUUCAAUUUACACGCGAUUUAAAUCAAUCAACAUUACGAUAUCGUCAUAUGCUUUAUGAAAUGGAAAAGCGACAAUUAAUUCGAACGAAUCGAUGGAAUAAAUCCGAUGAUAUCGACCAUUCGAAUCUUCAAUCAUCAUCAUCAAAUCAUAAUGGACAACAAGGUCUUGAUGAUGACAACAGCAAAGAUAUUUCCAAAAAAUUUCGUGAUUUGAUACGAAAUGGAAUUGCACGAGCAACGUGAAAAAAACAUCUGAAAUCAAAACUCAUUCUUUCAUCCAAAUCAAGAAUUUCUUUUCCUUUUUUAGUUUGAUUUUUUUCGUUU